GGGCUCCCAGCCCCCACCCCACACACCCCCGAGAACCGGGCAGCCGGGAUCCCAGGUCCCCACCCCCUGCUCCCACCCCUGAGUUCCCACUCCCUUCCCCUAACUGGAAAGAACCCAGGCAUCCGAGCUCCUAAAUCCCCUGGACCCCGUCCCCUCCUAGAGAACCCAGGCGUCUGAGCUCCUAAAUCCCCUGGACCCCGUCCCCUCCUAGAGAACCCAGGCAUCCGAGCUCCUAAAUCCCCUGGACCCCGUCCCCUCCUAGAGAACCCAGGCGUCUGAGCUCCUAAAUCCCCUGGACCCCGCUCCCCUCCUGGAGAACCCAGGCGUCUGAGCUCCUAGCUCUCCUGGACCCCCCUCCCCUCCUAGGGAACCCAGGCAUCCGAGCUCCUAACUCCCCUGGACCCCCCUCCCCUCCUAGAGAACCCAGGCGUCUGAGCUCCUAACUCCCCUGGACCCCCCUCCCCUCCUAGAGAACCCAGGCGUCUGAGCUCCUAACUCCCCUGGACCCCCCUCCCCUCCUAGAGAACCCAGGCGUCUGAGCUCCUAACUCCCCUGGACCCCCCUCCCCUCCUAGGGAACCCAGGCCUUGGGGCCCCUCUCACCUGCCCCCUGUGGCUGCCCCGUUGCUUGUGCCUCCCGUCGGGGCUGUGGGGGGGGCUUUUAAUGGGGUGGGGGAGGGACUUGGGGCCCCACCCCCCACGUCACUGCCCCCCUCCCCCCUACACUCAUCCACUCACCCACCCCACCCCCCCGGGGGCCGGCUUGCACUCAUCUGCCGGCUCCUUCUUCCCUCCCGGCCUGUCUUCAACCCCCUUCAUCCCUCCUUCCUGGCCUAGUUUCUCUCCUCUUUCUUCUUUUUCUCCUUCUCUAGUUCCCACUCCUCCCCCUGGUUUCUCCCUCUCCCUUUCUCCCUUCCCUCAUUUCUGCCCCCCUUUCUCUGCCUCGGGUUUUUCUUUCCUUUCUUCCUCCUGGCCCUUCCUUCCUUCCUUCCUUCCUUUUGUCCACCCGCCCCUUUCCUUCUACCUCCAUCCCUUCUUCCACCCAUUCCUGUACUCGUCCCUUCAUUCGCUCGCUUCACCCCUUCAUUUGUUCUUUCCAUCCCUUUCUUUCUCUUCAUCCCUUCACUUGUUCAUUCAGUCUGCCCCUUCCUCCCUUCAUUCCUUCACUGAUCCUUUCAUUCAUCCCCUCGUUCAUUGUUUCAUCCUAUCCAUUCAUUCAUUCAUUCAUUCAUUCAGUCUAUCCCAUCCUUUCAUUCAUCCCCUCAUUUGUUCACUCAUCCCUUCAUUCCCUUCGGUCAUUCAAUCCCCUCACCCCUUCUUUCAUUCACUCAGUCAUCCCUUCAUCCUGUUCAUUCAUUCAUCCCUUUAUCUUACCCCUUCCUUCCUUCACUCAUCCCUUCUACCCUUGAUUUGCUCAUUCAUCCCUUCAUUCUGUCCAUCCAUCCAUUCAGUCGUUCAGUCCCUGCAUCCCUCAUUCGUUCUUUCAUCCUAUCCCUUUAUCCCUUCACUCAAUCUAUCCCCUCAUCCUUUCAUUCAUUCAUUCGUCCAUUUAUCUUAUCCCUUCAUCCCGUCAUUCAUCCCUUCUUUCUACCCCUUCUUCCCUUCAGUCAGUCAGUCACUUGCUCACCCCUUCAUCCCAUCAGUCACUAUUCUCCCCUUCAUCCCUUCAUCUCUUCUUUCCAUCCCUUCAUCCAUUCUGCCCCUUCUUGCCUACCCCCUGCCCGCCUUCCUCUCCUCCUUGCCCUCCCUCAUUCAUUCGCUCCUUUGUUCUUUCCUUCCUUUCUGGAUUUCUCUCCUCUUUCCCUUCCUUCCUCCCAUUCACUCGUUCCCUGCUUCCCUCCCAUCUCUUUUCUUCUCUUCCUCUCCUCCUUCCUUUCCCCUUCCCUCCUUUUCUUCUUCCUUCUCCCACUCCUUCAUUCUCUCAUUCAUGUCUUCCUUGCUUUCUGUCAGGCUCUCCUCUCCUUCCCUUCCUCCCUUUCCUUCCUCUUACUCAGCACGUUGUUCUUUCCCUUCCUUUCCUCAUUACUCUCUCUCCCUCUCUCUUUCUUCUGCUCUUUUUUCCUUCCUUCUCUCCUUUAUCUCUUCCCCUUCUCCCCUUUCCUUGCGGUCUCCUCUUCCUUUCCUCCCUUCAUUUCUUCCAUCCCUUCUUUCUUCCCUUCCCCUCCCUCGCUUCUCCACUUCUCCAUCCCCGCCCUCCGUCUCCAUCUCUCCCUUUCCCUCUGUCUCCAUCCCUCCUUCUCUGCCUUCAUUCCUCUGCCCCACGUCUCCUUCGUUCAAGGGGGCUGCGGGUCGGGAGUGGGGGGGGGGGGCGGCCCCUGGGUGACCCCGGGUUUCCUGCCUCUAAUCCCCCGGGAAUUCCUGGCGCGUCUCAGGCACAUUCCUGCGCCGGCUCCAGCACCUGGGGGCACCUGGAGCCAACGCGGGCGUGCGAGCCCCGCUCCCGGCCCAGCAGCCCAGCCGCCCGGGCUCCCCGCCCCCCGCUCCAGGGCUGGAGAGAGCCCAGGCGUCCGGGGCCGCGGUGACCUCGCGCGGGAGGGGCCGGCCGGCGUUGCCAUGGCGAUAACAAUAUUUGGGGCCGAGGCCCUUUAAGAGCCGGGAGGGUGGGGUUCUGGGGAAAGCGUUGCGUCACUCGAAGGGGGCGAUGACGCAACAGGGACCCCCGGGCCCCGCCUGGGUUCCCUGGAAGCGGGUGGGCAGCUCAGACUCUGCGCCCUGCCAUCAGCGCCCCCCUCCCCAUGACGUCAGCGCCGCCCCUCCCUGUCUGGCCCUGGCGGGGCUUCCCCGAAGGGGCGGGGCUUUCCCGGCGCCCCCCGCCCCGCCAGCGGGGCAAAGGGGGAGGCCCCCACCCGCCCCCCCCGUGACUCAGGGUCUUGGGCAAGAGAGGAAGGUCCCGUGACGUGGCCCCGGGCGCCUGGGUGCUCCAGCGGGGGGGCGGGCAGCUGGGUUCCCCGGGGGGCCGGGGCCCGGUUCUUCGCGGCUUCGGGAUGGCGCGGACGCCCGGCGGCUCUGGGAGCGGCGCGGGGGCCGCCAGGUCAGAGCUGCGCAGGGCCAGGGCGUCCCGCACGGCCCGGUCCCCCCGCGGGGCGCGGCUGACGUCGCCCUGGCAACGGGCGGCCCCGCGCCUCCCGCCCGGCCCCACCCGGCGCCUGGUACCAGGGCUGGCCGGCCCCCGGCCCCCGGCCCCCCCUCGGAGGCAACCCAGCGCCCCCUGCUGUCCCAGAGCUGCACGCAGCCCAGGCGUCCAGGGGCUCCCCCCGCCCCGCUCCUCUCCCCGAGACCCCCGGCGUCCAGGGUCCCAGCCCCCUGCUCCCCCUCCCCAGCCCCCAGUGCCCUCGCGCAGAACCCAAAGCGGCCAGGGGCUCCCCCAGCAAGGAGACCCCCCCCCCCCCUCCCCACAACUGGGGACUUCCCACGGGCUCCCAGCGCCCCCGCCCCCACACACUUGGGGGACCCCCCUUGGAUCCCACUCCCCCCGUGAUCCCAGGCGCCCGGGCUCGCAGCGCCCCCGCCCCACGCUUGGGGACCCCGCCCCCCUUGGAUCCCACUCCCCCCGUGAUCCCAGGCGCCCGGGCUCGCAGCGCCCCCGCCCCACGCUUGGGGACCCCGCCCCCCUUGGAUCCCACUCCCCCGGGAUCCCAGGCAUCAGUGCCGGCUUCUCCUGCGCCGCCGGCGCCCCCUGGCGGCCGCUCUGGGCCAGCGGUUUGCUGGGGCGAUGGCUGGGAGCCGGACGGCCCGGUGCCCUUGGCGGGGAGGGAGGAGGGCUGAGCGCCUGAGGGCUUUGGGGCCGGGGGGGCGGACGCCUGGGGCCCGCGGGCAGGAAGGGGCGCAGACGCGGUCUGUCCUGCGGCUCCGGGGCUGAAUCCGGGCCCCGGCCCCCCCGCCACGCGUGUGUCACCGCCCGCGUGAGUCAGGAUGGGGCCGGCACCUGCCCCGGGGGGACCCAGGCGUCCGACCCCCCCCCCCCCCACAUCCCUCUGUGCAAAACAUGCACUUGCCCCACGGCCCCAACUCGGCUCGGGCCGGGCUCCCCGGAGCCCCAGCUCCCUCCGGGGUGGCGUGACGCCGUACCCCGCACCGUGAUGUCAUAGACGGCGUCAUGCAAGGCCGGGGGUCGCGGCGCUUCUGCGGGAGCCCCGGGGCGUUCAACACACGCGUGUCGGUGCCGCCGGGGGUCUCUCCCAGCGAGGCGGGGGGCGGGGGGGACCCGGACGCCUGGGUUCUCUGGGAAGUGCGGGGCAGAUGCCCGGCUUCUUUCCCAGAUGGGGGCGGGGCGGGGCGGGGGGGGGCACAGGUCUCAUCCGUCUCUCUCGGUUUGGGGGUUUUGUGGCUACUGACUCGUUUCCCGGCUCCCACGGCUCCGGCCUGCGGGAGGGGAAGGGGGGCUACACUUCAGCGAACCCAGGCAUCCGGGCUGCCAGCCCCCCCGCUCUCGCCCCCCCGACCUCACUCCCCUCCGAGAGCUGGAAAGAAUCAAGGAGUGCGGGCUCCCCACUGCCCCCCCAGCCCGAGGUAGCCCGGCCCUUCCCUGCCUCUAGCCCCCGCCCCAACCCAGCUAGUCCCAGAGGCAGCGCUGAGCACAGUGGAGGCACCGGGCAGCUGUCCCCUAUGGCUGACAACACCUCCGCCUUCGACUACAACUACAGCUCCUAUGAGGACACCGCCACCAUGCCAGCACUGCCCACGGCCCUGGGGACUGUCAUGCGCGGCAUUUCAGUGGCCCUCUACAGCAUGGCCUUCGUGCUGGGCGUGACAGGCAACGGGCUGGUCAUCUGGGUCACUGGCUUCCGCAUGGCACGGACAGUCAAUGCCGUGUGGUUCCUGCACCUGGCCAUGGCCGACUUCGUCUUCACCCUCUUCCUCCCCCUCAGCAUGGUUUACGUGGCCCUGGGCUUCCACUGGCCAUUUGGGAGAGUCCUCUGCAAGCUCAACAGUGGCUUGGCCUUCCUCAACAUGUUCGCCAGCGUCUUCCUCCUCACGGCCAUCAGUGUGGACCGCUGCCUCCUGGUGGCUGCCCCGGUGUGGGCCCAGAACCACCGCCGGCCCCGUGUGGCCUCCUUGGUGGCCUUGGCCAUCUGGUUGGCAGCCCUGGCUCUCAGCUCCCCCUACCCGGUGUUCCGGGACACAGGGAACCCUGGGGCGUUGGCCAACGUCACCCAUUGCUACAACAACUUUGCCAUGGGUGUGGGGGACGUGGCCAAGGGGGACACGACCAUGGAGGAUGAAACCAAGGGCGAUGUGGUGAUCACCCGACACCACGCCCUGGUGCUGACACGCUUUCUGGCUGGGUUCCUAGUGCCCUUUGCCGCCAUCUUGACCUGCUACGGCAUCAUGGCGGCCAAGAUGAAGAGGAACCAGUUGGCCCGCUCGGCCCGGCCCUAUCAGAUCAUGGUGGCUGUGGUGGGCUGCUUCUUCCUCUCCUGGUGCCCCUACCACAUCUUCUCCUUCUUGGAGCUGGCGGGGGCCAUGGGGGCACCAGGGCUGGAUGCCGUGUUGUUGGUUGGGGUCCCCUUGGCCUCGGGCCUGGCCUACCUCAACAGCUGCCUCAACCCCGUCCUCUACGUCUUCGUGGGCCGUGAUUUCAGGGACCGGCUGUGGCGCUCGGUGCUGCAGGCCGUGGAGAGCGCGUUCAGCGAGCCAUCCUCUCCCCGCAGUGCUGGGCAGGGGAAGCUCGUGUAGAGGGCUCCUGGCCACCUCUCUGCUAGCCCCCACUUCCCUCCCAGAGAACCCAGGAGUCCAGGCUCCCAGUCAACUUUGACCCGAACUGAACCACCAACCUUCACUUCCUUCCCAGAGAACCCAGGAGUCCGGGAUCCCAGCACCUCCAUGACUCCAUUCCUCUCCCAAAGCAGGAGAGAGUCCAGGCUCCCUUCCACCUCAACAGGGGGCCAUUUGGCCUUCAGGGGCUGCUGGGUCCAGGACAGGAUUGGCUGGAGUAGGGGGAAAUGGAAUAGAGAUAUAUAGAUAUAGAGGUCUGACUGGAUACAACCCAGGUGUCUGGGUUCCCAACUCCCCCCUUGCAACCCCCCAGUGCCCACCCCCCUCCCAGAGCUGGGAGAAACCAGGCGUCCUAGCCCCACAUCCUCCCAGCUCUUACCGCUUUCCCACCCCCAUUGUCUGGCGCUUGGCAUCAAGUCUCUGACAUGUGAUAUUGGGUAGAAUAAAGAUAAGCCUUUGAUCUUC